GAUGGCAGUUUCUAAACACCAUGUUUCAAUUCUUAUAUAUCAGGCCAAGCCUCAUUCUUCUUUCUCUUUCUCGUGUAACUUUCGAGCAGCUCAUCAGAAAAGAAUUGUUCUUUGGGGUGAUUGGAGAAAUGGGCAGGCUUUUUGUGCAGACUCUUGAAGGGAGCAUCUAUUCUUGCAAGCAUUGCAAGACCCAUCUUGCUGUUUUGGAAGAUAUCAUGUCCAAGGCUUUUAGUUCUAGGCAUGGGAAAGCUUAUCUCUUCCGUAAUGUUGCGAAUGUAACCCUUGGAGAGAAGGAGGAGAGAAUGAUGAUAACUGGAAUGCACAUCGUGGCUGACAUAUUUUGUGUGUGCUGUGGAUCUAAUGUUGGGUGGAAAUAUGAGUCUGCUUAUGAAAAGAGCCAAAAAUACAAGGAAGGCAAAUUCAUUCUCGAGAGCCCUAUAAUCUGUAAAUCCUUUGGUUGAGCAGGUUUCAGAUAUUGGGUCCUAAUGGAAGCACAUACCCAAGAAUUCAGGAAGCUCAGAUUGUGGGAAGUGACGUUGAUGAAGAAUGAUGCUGGAAUAGCUUUAUGUCAUCGUAUAAAUUGCUGUUAAAUGAAUAUAACUGUACAAUCUCUAGAACUUGUCUUUUCCGGAACAUAGUAGUUAUAGUCAUGCUUUAUAGUGGUUAAAGACCAGUUUGUUUUGCAGAAAAACUUAGAGUGGUCCGGUCAUCUUACAUUUUCCGACAUCUCGUCGUAGACACAGGAAAUGAAUCACCCCCUAUCCAUGAGAAUGAAUAAUGGUAGCUUUUAUAACUUACAAUUUACAUUUUGGUAAACAGAUUUUUAGUUUGGGCAGCAAAGUAUAUUUUGUGUUGAACUGUUGAUGUUUAAGACAUGGGUUACCUUUCAUUAUUUUUAGUAUCUUUCAGAUUGA